GGCUGCAGCAGUGCGCUGUGCGUCUCUGGCACACGCCGCUCACUCCAUCAGUCCUCUUCAGGAAAGCCACCCACUCUCCACACCACUGCUGUCACCGAGGGAGAAUCCGGUGCUCGAUUAAUAACUAAACAUCCGUGUAGACUCGACAUUAUGCAGCAGUGUGGACUGACCCCAAUAUACCAGCGUCUGUUAGACUAGGCGUUUAGACUGGUUUCUAAAGUCUCUUGACGCACACCUGAAUGCUGAACAUGAUACUUUCUAGGAAUUCGUUAACUUUCAGAGUCGUUCUGCUGACAUGGUGGAUCCACCAGUGCACUUGGCAAACGGCAGAAGCAAUCCAUCCAGUAUGCACCCUCGUGGCUCAGCAUAUGAAGGCUCAUGAGCAAUGCAGAUACACACGUCAACAAGAGAACCGCAACCAGACUACAAUCACUGGCUGCCGAACAGAGUGGGAUGAGAUCCGUUGCUGGUACAGAGCUGAAGUUGGCCAAGUGGUUAAUGUCUCUUGCUCUGAAGUUUCCCAGCUCUUUGCCAACAACAAUGGUUACAUAUACCGGAACUGCACAAAGAACGGCUGGAGUGACCUUUACCCAUCAUAUGAGAAUGCGUGUAUAUUACCAACGGUGGAAGGAACUGAGACCUCAUAUUUUUCUACAUUCAGACAGGUGUACACCGUAGGCUACGCUACCUCUCUCAUCUCCCUCAUAUCAGCCAUCUUUGUCUUUACAGCAUUCAGGAAGUUCCACUGUACAAGGAACUACAUCCACAUCAACCUGUUUUCCUCCUUCAUCCUGAGAGCUAGCGCGGUCUUCAUUAAAGAUGGUGUCCUCUUUACCGAUGAAACCCAGGACCACUGUUUCAUGUCUACAGCAUCAUGUAAGGCAGCAGUGGCCUUUUUCCAGUUUAGCAUCCUGGCCAACUACUUCUGGCUCCUGGUGGAGGGCAUGUACUUACAGACCCUGCUGGCCCUCACAUUUGUCUCACAAAAGAAGUAUUUUUGGUGGUACAUCCUUAUUGGCUGGGGCCUUCCAACAACAGUCUUGACUAUCUGGGUUCUGGCCAGGAAUUUCUACGAUAACAAGGGGUGCUGGGACGACACAGACAUUGCCUUCAUUUGGUGGAUUAUAAAAGGACCGAUUACAAUAUCUCUUCUGGUGAACUUUAUCAUCUUCAUCAAUGUGAUCAGGAUACUUGUGGAGAAGCUGAAGUCUCCUGGAGUUGGAGGCAAUGACACCAGUCACUUUACGAGGCUGGCUAAGUCCACUCUGUUCCUGAUCCCACUGUUUGGAAUGCAUUACAUGGUGUUCGCCUUCCUGCCAGAGAACACAGGGGAGGACGCUCGUCUCUUCAUUGAGCUCGGCCUGGGCUCAUUUCAGGGCUUUGUUGUGGCUCUACUAUACUGUUUUCUCAAUGGAGAGGUGCAAGCGGAGCUGAAGAAGAGGCUGUGGAAAUGGCAGAUGCAGGGUUACAUGAGUUACAGUAAGAGGAGGCGAACACUGUUCACAGAGAGCAGCACUGUCACUCAGAUUUCUGUUCUAGAAAAAUCCAGCCCUAAGGAGCAGCCUUCAGCUGAGCUCAAAAACAGUAUCUCACUGGUGUGAGGAUGCUGACGCACCCUGUUUCUCUUGCCCUUAUAGGAUUGCCCCAUCCCUAUCAGUCAUCAAUACCAAGAGUGUUAGUUUUAAAGUUAUACUACUAUUAAUAAAAGAGUAUAAAUCACAGUCAGGGAUUGGAUUUAAUCAUACUGUGGACUCAUAACGGUGACAUUUCACACAGUGUAAGGGGUCACAUGUUGGACAUUAUUCCAGGGAUCUGUUGAAUUCUCAGGGUCAGAUGGUGAAGAAUAAUUGUCUAUAACAGCUGUUCUGUCAGUUGUGAUUGCAAGGCAGAUCACAGGUUUAUAUUCUAAUAUGUUAUCAUUCCGACAGUAAAAAAAAGAUGUGUAAAAAAAAAAAAAAAAAAAAAAAAAAAAAAAAAAAAACAGGGAUGUGUAUGGUGGAUGCUCCACAUAAAUGAAUAAAAAAACAUGUGUAAUUGACACUUUUGGAAGGACUUUGCAGUGUCAGCGUUUUAUAACAGUAGCGAUAAAGUUGUAAGUUUAAGUGCAAGAUGAGAAAGUCUUCAGGAUGGAGGGCUUUGCAGUUUCACUGUACCAUGACAAAUGCAUUUUUGUUUUAAUCACUACAAGAGAAAGAAAAAUAGAGCCUAAUGAGGGAACAACUUUUUAUAGCUGCUAUAAUGUAUUAAAGGAACUGUAUUAAGUAUUAAAGGAACUGAUUUGUUUUGCAGACAUCCCACAACAUUUACUGAAUAAGAGGAAUAAAACACUUCAGGAUGUGCUGUUAUUGGAAAAUAAUCAACUUCAGGGGGUUAAGAGCACUCUACUCUGCAUCAGUCAGCAUCACACCACCCCAGUGUUGAUUAGUUUCCUAUAACAGCAUGCUCCCAACUGUUUUAUUCCUAUCUUCAUACCUAAUACAUUAAGUGUGCAUAGGCUGUAAGUGGUGAAUAUAGCAGUUAGUUGGCAACAAUAGCAGCUUAUUAAGGCUUUUUAUUUUAUUUAGUGUUCUCAUAUUUUAUGAUCUUAGUAUUAUAUACUCUAAAAAGGUAUUAUGGCCUUACGUAGCUUUUACAUAUUGAUAUAAUGUCCAUGUUACUACAAUAAAUUAAGUUCGUAGUUUAACAUAAACCUGCCAUUAUUUACCUAUUUACUUUCUGUUGAACUUACAUUUUUUUAUAAGUGGAAAUUCUGUCCUUAAUUUAAAUACAUUGAUCUAAGUUUUUUUUUUUUCAGUGUAAGAUUCUAUCUGGGCAAAGAGCCAUUUUAAGAUAUGGGGCAUCAAAGAUUUGACACUCCAGAUAGAAAAACUCUAAACUACUAUAAUCUACAUUCGUAUUAUUUAUUUAAACCUUAUUCUUUGUGAUUUUAUGUAAUCUUGUUAUUGUGGUUAACUCAUUUAGGAACAAUAUUUUUUGAAUCUCAACGAAACUAAAACAGAGAUUGUUGUAUUUGGUCCUUCUGCUGGAUAUGAUAUCCAGAAUCUUAACUUUGGCCAACUGACUUGUUUUUAUAAACUGUUUGUGCAAAACUUGGGUGUUCUAUUUGAUAGCUCCCUUAAGUUUGAUAAACAGAUAAAUUCGGUUACAAAAAGUUUUUUCACUUAAGACUAUUUAGCAAAAGUCAAGCCUGGCUUUCACUCAAAGAUUUUGAAAAGAUGAUACGUGCUUUUAUUUCUACUCGACCUGAUUAUUUUAACUCCCUUUAUGUAGGUAUUAUCCACCUGUCUCUUACUCUAAAUGGUCCAGAAUGCUGCAGAUAGGCUGUUGCUGGGUGUACGAAAGUGCGAACGUAUUACCCUGAUUGUAAUUUCUCUUCAUUGGCUUCCAGUCCGUUAAUGAAUUGAUUUUAAAAUCCUUCUAUUUGUUUUUAAAUCUCUAAAUGGAUUGGCACCAGCCUAUAUAUCCAUUCUCUUAUCCAUGCACAAUCCAUCAAGGUCCCUUAGAUCUUCAGAACAGAGGCUGGUGACUGUUCCUAGGUCAAGAUUAAAACUGAGAGGUGAUCAUGCCUUUUCAGUAGUUGCCCCGCAACUGUGGAACAGUCUACCCGUUCACAUCAGAACUGCUUCAACAUUAUAUGAUUUCAAAUCUAAGUUAAAAUCCUAUUUGAUUUCUGUGGCUUUUAAUUCAUCAUAGAGAGUAAUUUGUAAAAGUAGUUUAUCCUAUUGUUGUACUGUGUGUGUGGCUGUUUGUUCUGUUUUUUAGGUUAUCUGUGUACAGCACUUUGGUCAGCUCUAUGUUGGUUUAAAUUGUGCUUUAUAAAUAAAUUAACAUUGCCAAAAUGCCAGACAGAACAUUAUAAUGCUUAGUUCAUGAUUUGUACCUCAUACUCUUAUAUUACAUUGUCUGUGUUAUAAUAUAACGCAGUACUUUAAACAGAGUUCUGUAUAAAAUAUACAUAAUAAUAAAGCUCUUAAACAUACAUAAACAUACACUUAAAUAUUUAUUUAUGAGCUAUUUUGUCUUGUGUUGAGACAGUGGAUUUAGAUAAUGAAACCUUCAUGGUUUUGAUAUACAGGUGUCAGCUAUAAUAAAAGGUAAGAAUAUGAGAACAUUAAUUAAAGCGUUAACAAGCAAUUAAAGUUGUCAAAUAACUUCUGUAUUUAAGACUUAUAUGCAUACCUAUUCGCUAUGAAGUACUGCUUUAUGCAAGUUAAAGUAGAAUUAUUAGGUAUUAACUUAUAUGAGUAUAAGUAAAAGUAUAAGUACGUCAGAUCACAGACUGAUUUUAGUUACUGAUGGUAAAUUUGUGCCUCUUUCACCAUGAAACCAAGGAAUGUGGGAAAACAGCUAGCCAAUGCAACAGAUUUAUUCCCUCAAAUGUCUCUCAAAUGUUAGCUAGCAUGAUAAUAACUCUGAUGAAUGACAAUAGCUAGCUGUGACAAUACAAAGUGUUAAAUACAGUUCUGAGUUUAAAAAAAAUAAACACAAAUAAAUACAAUGUGUAUGUAAGAGAUAGAUUAGUUAGGUAUAUGUGAUUACAGAGAAAUAUAGUGAUGUGUGAAAAUGUAGUGAGUGGAAAGUAUCGUGGAAAGUAGAGAUUUGUUUUGAAAUGUACUGUAGAAAGGAAAAUUCAAAAGUGUUAGGUGAAAGAAAAAACUCAAGUAAAGUGCAAAUACUUAAAAAACAGAAUUAACUACAGUAACAAAGUAUUUCCUAGUUGUGCUAAUAUGUGAUCCCCUAUACUGAAGUGUUACCCUAAAUUUACAUCUACAGAUAUAGUUAGUAGGUUUUCUUGUUUCACAGAAGAAAAUUGAUUCAGUGCCAUACUUACACUGAUUAUAUGCCAAAUACUAUUUCCAAAAUAUUCCAGACAUUCUUCAGUUUGUGAAUCUCAAGUCUGUUGUGUGUUUGUUGGUUGCAUAAUGACUUCCUUAGAUCACUAAUUAUUAGUGCACUAGUUCCAGAGGCAUGUGUUCAAUUAUUUUCAUCAUGUGUGCACUUUAAUUUCUCAUCAGUUAAAAUAAGUUAAUUAGUAGAUGUUUGUUGUAAUCUUUGUUUUAAAAGUGUGUUAUUCAAUCUCUUACCUUUUUUAAGCUUGUAGUUGACACAUAAGAGCAGUUUGGGGUGUUGUUGCUUUAGUGCACUGGUCUUUUUUCUGACCUUGUCUGGUUUUCUUCACUCCAAAUAUUUAUUUAAUUAUUAUAUACAAGUGGUGUGAUUUUUAUUUAUUUAUUAUAAGCAAAAUGUAAUUUUAGUUUUGAGUCUCUGGUCUGUUUUGAAUGGUUUCCAAAUUUCAUAUGUCAUCCUAUUAGUUAACAAAUAAGACAGACUGGCUUACAUAAAUAGGACAUGCACUAAAGGUUGUUUGUGCUCUGAUUCACUUCAAGCUUUAUGCUUUUUAUCUAAAAUGUACAAUUGUUGUUAUUCUUCAAUUAAACCAUGUGUGCAAAUGUGCAUAUGUGCAAAUAACUGCCAACUAUACAGUAAAAUCAGUGUUCUUUUUAUUGAAUAUUUUUAUGCCAUAGUUUUUGGGCUUGAGUUAUCUUUGCAUUUACAGUUUAUAGUUGCGUGUGUGCACACGAUUGCAUUUUCUUUACAAACAUUCUUAAGGCUCCUGAAGGUCCAUGCUUUGCACGACUGCUCUACCAACUAAGAGUUUUUUGUUUUUUUAAUAUAUUAAAUAUAUUAUAAUACUAUAAAUUAAAUAUUUUUAAAUAUAUUAAAAUUAUUAGAAGCCUAAAUCACUGUAAAUGCUGUUUGUUUAUUUUGGUAUUUGUAUAAAUAACUAAUUCACUGUACAGUGAACCUCUUAAGUCAUCUGUAAGUAAAUAUUGCGUGGUGGACUGGUCCUGCGUGUCCUGCGUGAUAAAGCUCUUCUUAGGCAAUGGCAUUGUUAAUGACCUUUACUCAUGUUAAAUAAAAUACAGUGAUUCCAUUUAGUAAAACGUAAUGUUGUUAUUACAUGAAUAUUGUUAUUAUUAUUAUUAUUAAAGUAGAAUGUUAAAGUUUUUAAUCAAAAUUUUAGAUCAAAAACAUUUUCUGAUCAACUUAAAUAACACAGUGUUAAAUUUCACAAUGUGGAGCACUAAACUGUAAAAGUUGUUGUUUAAUACUGUUUCCUUCAGAGAGUUCUAAUACUGAAUGUGUCUGUAAAUAAGAUUAUCACAGUGUAAAUAUGUAAAUAUUGCAGAUAUGUCAUAUGGCUAUAUGGUCAUAGUAUAUUUAACUAUAUAUUUGUAUACAUGUAAGGUAAUACAGAAUUUGUAUGUAAGAUUAACUUGUAUAUCACUAUGUGUGUUAUUUCUUAAUAUCAUUUCACUAUUAUUUUAUAUAUUUAUAAUACUAAUUGCCAUAUACAGUGGCCCCAAAGAGUAUUUGGACACUUAAACCACACUUACUAAUGUAUGAAUUUCACUACAUUAGAAAACAACAUGUCAAACCAAGUAGCAUUUAUUUUAAAGAACAAUACCACAAGCACCGUUUUCAAGCAAAACAUUUCCCAAAAAAAAUAGAUUAUGUUUAAAAAUUUUAGAAAUAAUAAAUAUAGACAAAAAGUAUUCAGAUACUCAAUAGUAGUUUCAUGCAAGAUCACAGUUACAGUGUUUUAGUAUUUAUUUUGCCAUCCUUUGUCUGGCAGAACAUCUUGACAGCCUCUAGGCAUGAAAUCAUUUCGUUUCUGUAACAGUUGUGGUGGAAGUUUUCUCCAAGCUGAUCCACACUAGGGUGUCGACAAUCAGUUAAUUUUUUCUCCAUUGCAUCCCAUAGGUGCUGUAUAAGCGUUAGGCCAGGUCUCUGUGAAGUAUUCUUUCAAUAGGGCAGCUGGCAUGCAUUAUCCUGCAGGAUUUUUGCUGAUUUCGCUGCAAGUUUGCAUCCAGAAUGCCUCUACACUUCUGAGUUCGUGAUGCCAUCAAUGAACACAAGCUCACCAACACUUCUGUAGGAAAAACCAGCCCCAGCCAUCUCUGUGCUUUAUAAUUCUUAAAUUCAUUAAGUCCUUCAUUUUGCUGAUCUGGUGAAUAGAGUGGCCUUCUUUAUGCAAACAGAUGAUGCUUGACAUUUUCUCAAAACUUACUUCCCUCUUCUUAGCCAUUUUUGAAAUUACUUUUAUCUAGGUCCCAAGGAAAUUUAUAGUAGAUGUAUGUAGUCAAUUACCUUCACUUUCAUACAGGUCACCCUUGCAGAGGAACCACCUGGUGUAGUUCAUCACAUUAACUAUGGAUUAACUGUGACAAUCGGAAUAAUCUUAAAUGCCCAAAUACUUUUUUGUCUCAUUUUGAACAGUAUAUCUAUCAUUUCUAUGUUUUUAAACAUAACAAUCUAUUUUCUAUUUGCUUAAAAAGUGUGCUUGUGGUGUCUUUCUUUAAAAUAAAAGCUACUUGGUUUGAUGUUGUUUUCUGAUGUAGUGAAAUUUAUGUAAGUGUGGCUUAAGUGUUCAAAUACUUCUUGUGGCCACUGUACAUACAAAUGACUUUUCUUUACUUUACUUUUCUUUAACCAUUUUCCAUAAUAUUGAAGAAAUCAGAAUUAUGAAAUAAUUCAAAACUCACAUUUGGAAUUAUGAGUGUGUGAAUUUGUGUCCACAGUAUGAUGCCUUGUGAUGACCUUGUGCAACAUUCAGGGUGUAUUCCCACUUCACACAUAGUGUGAAUGAAUAUUUGGAAUUUUGAAGUGUUGAAAAUGUCAGACAAAACAAAAAACUGGAUGUUUCACACCUGGGAUAUUCACACAUAAGGAGCAACUUCACUAUUUGAAUGUAUUGUUUCAAGCCUGUCUUUAAGGUCAUGAAUAGAUACCGUACUCUUGUAAUUCUGUUAUUUGUUUGUUUUGCGUUUUGCUGGUAAUUUACGUAUAUAUAUAUAUUACGUAUGUAUUAUACACACACACACAUAUGUCCAAAUUAUUUAAAUGGUGUGAAACUGGGUAUUGAUCAGUAGGACUCCUCAACUGGAGGUGAGAGACCCUGAUAUAAUGAUAAUAUGGUUGUUUUCAUCUUUUCCUUCCAAUAACUUUAGCCUUUUGUAUCUUGCAGCCUCUUUGCUACUUUCACCAACUUGCCUUAAUGUAAUUCAUUAUCAGUUGCUUUUUUCCUUAACUUUAUAAACUACAUAGCAGUGUUUUUACCUCAGAGCAUUAAUCACUACAUAUGUAAAAUAUUCUGAAGAGGAACAGAUACCAAAUGUAAUUCUGCUCUGAUGUCACUAGCUGUAUUUCUGCAGUGCAAAGUUUUAGGACAUGCUUUUUCUGUUCCUGUCUAAACAAGUUUUUUUUUUCUUUUUCAUGUACAGGGUGUUUGAAAAUGCUCUAUACAACUUUGAUACUAAAUGAAACAUUUACAAAUGCACAUAGAAUUACUAAUCAAGGAAAUUUAGACACACAAACCCCCAAAGUUUUUUUUUUUUUUUUGACGAAUCCCCAAAGAAAGAAAUCACAGGGUAUGAUGUUGAGCGAUCUAGGUGGCCAAAGAAUGGCACCUCUUUGGCCAAUCCACCUGUUUGGGAAUGACUUAUUAGAUAGGUGCAGAUGAUCAAAACUUGCCAAAACCUGGUAUUCAGAAAUACUUCAUGUGUUUCAUGUGUAAAAUGGGACAAUCCCACUAGUUGUACACCAACUGACUGACAUUUUACAUUGGAUCAAAUUUGUAAAGAUAAUUUCAGACAUGCUGUACUUGGAAAUCUUUAAUUUGUAAGGUACAGUAACCAGAGGAAGAAUUAGUGAUGUAACUUUUUUUUUCUUCCAUUGUGAUACAUUUGUUUAUCUUCAUGGGCCUUCAGUGUGGUUAGGUUUGUUUAUAAUACUACACACUUUUAGGCAGUUUUAGAGACAUUUAAUGCAAUUUAAAAGUCAUAAUAUACAAAAAGUCUAACACAUCAGAACUAAAGGACAUUAUACAGCAGAUGUAACAUGUGACAAGAUGAAAUUUAAAAAAGUAAGCUUUCUAUCAUAAAAGCAAAACGAAUAUCAACCGUGGGUUUUGUCUUGCAUUCACAUUCAGUAAUUAUUGUUCAGUCACUGUUGUCUCGAAAAUUGCUGUCUUAGCUUAUUCAGGAAUUAAUUUCUUUAUUCCAAUAAUAGAUAUGAAAUGUUUUACUGUAGGUAACACUUAUGUGUGCUGUGCUGUUACUGUUCAAUUAAAACAGAAAAAAAAAAGAAA